UGAGAGAAAGAGGCUUGAGUUACCAGGCAACUAACAUUUCCUCAAAUGUAGUGUAGGCUUCAUACAGUUAGACUGACUCAGUUUUACUCAGUUUAAUAUUUAAUUUCAGUAAACUGCACACUUACACCGGAUUACAGACACAGAAGAGCACACUCGAGAAAAAAGAUGUCACGUGCCACAUCCAAGAGCCGGAGUGAAAAGGGACGGGUCACAUCUGCUCAGCCCCCGCCUCCCCCUCAAACACCAGAAGAUGUGGACGUAGUCCCUGGUAAACUCACCCAGACUGAGUGGAUGUCCAUGAUAUCUCAGCAAGAAGGAGAGGACAUUGUGGCAGAAAUUGUGGAAGAGCUUAUGAACAGAGUGAUGGAGAGGUGUCGUAAGGUGGACAUUGAUAAUCAGCUGGUGCCUUUCACUGUGGCUUGGGCGAAGGAUGCCAUGCUCCAGGUGGUAAAGUUGCAGUACCUGAUGCGCGAUGAAGGUGACGGAGAGAACACAGUCGUGGAGGAUGAAGAACCUACACCUUCUACAAUAGAUUCUUGGGCUGAAGGCUGUGUGCCGAUUAUCAGAAAACCAGCUCAAUCACAGCUGGGAUGUAAGCUGGAUGGACAGGAUGCUGACAUUGUAGAUUCCCAACAAAACCAGAGUAGUCUGUCAAUGAAGGAAACAAAAACUCGUCAAAAAGAACCCAGAAGAGAUAAAAAACAAAGCAGCAGGGCUGUGAAGCUCAUCCCUGCAGCUCAUGCUAAACUGGAACUGCAAAGAAAACCACAUCCACCUGACACAUCUUAAUAAAACAAGCCUUCAGAACCUUUUAAAGAACCGUGCAUAUUGAAGGUUAGAGUGUCCUAACUAGAGAACCACACCAAAGUGAGGUUCUUCAAGCCCAUGGCCUCAGCACAUCCAAUCAGCAUGGAGAAUGAUUAUUGAGAAAAUUGUUUUCGGAGGAAUAAGAGCCAUACUCUUUUGGAGAUGCUGCCUGUUACACAAACUGCAUUGUUUAUUAGGAAGCUCAUAAGAACCAUUUUGUUCUUUGUGUGUUUUAACAACAUGGAUUGUUACUGUAAAAGCAUUACUAUUAAAACAUAAAAUGCCAAAUGUACAA